AUGUCCACCAUCAAAGUCGGUGUCGUCGGCUACGGCUUCGCCGCGAAGAGCUUCCACCUUCCUUUCAUCACUGCCAACAAAGAUUACGAGGUGAUUGCGAUCUUGCAGAGAGCGGAAGCUCCGAGCGAUUUGUCAUCCGCGCCUGCGGGCUCCCACUGCAAGGUCGACUUUCCCAACAUCAGACACUACCGGACUGCGGAGGAGUUCUUCGCCGACUCGGACAUUCAACUCGUCGUGGUUGCCACCCACACUGAUACGCACGCAUCGUUCGCAGAGAAGGCGCUGUUGGCGGGAAAACAUGCCAUCGCCGACAAGCCUUUCGCAAGGUCAUCUGAAGAAGCAGACCGUGUUAUUCAAAUCGCCAAGGAGAAGGGCCUCAUUUUGACUUGCUUCCAGAAUCGUAGAUGGGACGGUGACUUCCAAACUUUGCGCAAGCUCAUCAAAGAAGAUGCACUUGGCGACAUCAAGGAGGCCGAGAUCCACUAUGAUUUCGAAUCUCCUCCUUGGCUCAGCUCAAUGAACAAGAAGGAGUACACUCCGGGCGAUGGCAUGGCGUUCGGUCUGGGAACACACAGCAUCGACCAGGCAGUGACUCUCUUCGGACGCCCGAAGUCCGUGACUGGCUUCUUCCGCGCCCAGCGCGGCAUCGAAAGCGAGGUGGAAGACUCGUUCACAAUCGUCUUGCAGUACGAUGGAGCGCAGAAGGACCUCCUGGUGACCGUCAAGACCUCCGUAACCACGCCCAUGGCCCAGCAACUCAAACAUCUCGUGAGGGGAACAAAGGGAUCAUGGCUCAAGUUCCAACAAAGAAGCACCUGCCCUCAGGAGGAGCAAAUUGCCGAGGGCCGCAAGCCGCUUGAGCCCGGUUUCGGCGAGGAACCAGCCGAGCUGCGUGGUAUUCUUACAACGUACAAGGAGUUUGAUGGAACGGUUCAGAAGUACGAUGAAGCGACGAAGAAGUACACUGGUAGAUAUCCCAGCAUCACUGGGCGCUGGCUGGGUAUCUAUGAGAACCUGGCCGACGCUAUUAAUGGUAAAGCUGAGCUCGAGCUGAAGGCCACCCAGUCACGCGACGCGAUCAGGAUUAUUGAGCUGGCGAGAGAGUCGCACAACACGGGAACAACUAUUUUGUGGAAGUAA